AUGACGGGAGGCGAGGGCGGCCUCCAGCGGAGGCUGACUGGAGCUGCUCGGGCCGGGAGGACCAAUGCCGUGCCUAUGGUAGAGGACUUCGAAGAUGCGAGCCUCGGCGAUAUGGACCACGACGUUCCUCCACCCGCCUACGGCGAGCACCAUGAUCAACUACAGUUCUCUCACGCGGGCUUCGCUGCCGACGCGGCUGUUACAACCGCCGGCCGUGUCAACAUCCACCUCAGCGAGAAGAACAAUCGCCUGUCUGAGCUCUUGGCACCCACCCUUCAGAGGCAACUCCGCGCCGACCCGUCGGUUCCCCUGCCGCCGCCAUACAUUCCGCCAAGUUUGGGCGGUCAUCCCGGCCAAACGCCGCCUCCUCGCCUGAACGUCGUAAUCCAGAUCGUUGGGUCGAGGGGCGACGUUCAGCCGUUUAUUGCCCUGGGCCAGGUCCUCCGAGACACGUAUGGACACCGUGUGCGUCUGGCGACGCAUGCCACCUUCCGCUCGCUCGUCGAGGAGAACGGGCUCGAGUUCUUCAACAUUGGCGGAGAUCCCGCCCAGCUGAUGGCGUUCAUGGUCAAGAAUCCGGGACUCAUGCCGGGGCUGGAUACCCUGAAGAGCGGAGAUAUUAAGAGGCGCCGACGAGAGAUCGAGGAGAUCCUCCUCGGCUGUUGGCGGUCCUGUAUCGAGGCCGGCGACGGCAUGGGCGUCGCGCCACCGCCGCACAAGAGGGACGAGCCGUUGGAUGAGCGGUUCUUGCUGCCCGGAGACCCAGGGAGCCGGCCGUUUGUCGCUGACGCCAUCAUCGCCAACCCUCCUAGCUUCGCAGGCAUACACAUAGCUGAGAAGCUAGGGAUCCCACUACACAUGAUGUUCACAAUGCCGUGGACGCCAACGCGAGCCUUCCCGCAUCCUUUGGCCGAUAUCGUCGCGACCGAUGCCGAUACCGCUAUCACGAACUAUGUUUCUUACGCUCUGGUAGAACUGAUGACCUGGCAAGGUCUCGGAGACGUGAUCAACCGAUUCCGGGUUAACGUCCUUGGCCUGGAGUACAUGUCGUUGCUGUGGGCGCCAGGGUUGCUCAAUCGCCUACGGAUUCCCACUACGUACUGCUGGUCUCCGGCCCUGACGCCGAAACCGGCAGACUGGAUGCCCGAGAUCACAGUGUCCGGUUUCUUCUUCCUCGACCUCGAAUCCAAUUACACCCCGGAUCCAGAGCUCGCCGCUUUCCUCGCGGCCGGCCCACCGCCGGUCUAUAUCGGUUUCGGAUCCAUUGUGGUCGACGACCCCGACGGACUAACCAACAUCAUCUUCAGCGCCGUCAUCAAGGCAGGAGUCAGAGCUAUCGUGUCGAAAGGAUGGGGCGGGAUAGGUGGCGAUGCAGCUGGGACCCCCGAGGGAGUCUUCAUGCUCGGCAAUUGCCCUCACGACUGGCUUUUCAAACACGUAUCGGCCGUCAUCCACCAUGGCGGCGCCGGAACCACCGCGGCGGGCAUCAAGGCUGGGAAGCCGACCGUGGUGGUGCCGUUCUUUGGCGACCAGAUAUUCUGGGGCUCCAUGGUUGCUAAGGCCGGAGCGGGGCCGGCCCCGAUCCCGCACAAGAAGCUGACGGCCGAGAACCUGGCGGCCGCUAUAGAGCAUGCGCUGCUUCCGGAGACGCAGGCGCGUGCGCGCGAGCUGGGCGAGAAGAUCAAGCAGGAGAAGGGUGCUGACGUCGGUGGCAAGAGCUUCCAUCAGUUUUUGAACACCGAUAAUAUGCGAUGCUCGCUCGCUCCCAGCCGCGUUGCCGUCUGGCGAGUGAGGAGGUCCCAAGUCCGACUUAGCGCGCUAGCUGCGGCCACUUUGGUUAAGAAAGGCUGGUUGAAGUACUCGGAUCUGAAGCUAUACCGCUCCAUCGAAUACAAUACCGACGAGCAGCCCUGGGACCCCGUCUCGGCUGUUAUAAUUGCCUUUGUCGGCGACGUGGGCGCCUUGACCAUGGCUGUUGCGGAUUUCCCCAGAGAAGUGUUCAGGGUAAAGAAGAAGGGCAAGGAGAAGGGCAAGGAGAAGGCUGAGCCCAAGACUGAGGCAGCAAAAUCCAAUGACGGCGGCUCGGAGGCGGCCCCGGACUGUGAUUCCUCUCCCCAUGACUGUCCAGGUUCCCGUCCGAGGACACCCAGCUUCUCUCCUCCUUCGGCAGCCCACGGUUCCGCCGAGACACUGUCGGUUACGCAACCGUCAAGUAGCGCCGCUUCUCUCUCCCCUCUCUCCCCUCUCUCCUCGCAUCACACCGGAACCACAUCCGCAAACGCCUCUCCACCGUCGGGCCAGUCGGGAUCAAUCCCAGAUCAGACAGCCAAACCCAGCCCGUCUACUUCCAAACCCGCCAGUCUGGAUGUCGCCAUUGCAGCGGGCCAGGGCGUGGGCCGCAUCGUCGGUGCCGGCUUCAGAUUCUACGCCAACACCUGCCUCGGCCUCGCCCGCGGCUUCCGCAACGCGCCCAAGCUAUACAACGACGAGACGGUGCGCCCGCUCGAGAAGGUCACGGGGUUUACCAGCGGAGUGCGCGUGGCUGGCAAAGAGCUGGGCUUGAAGCUAUACGACGGAACUACCGGGCUUUUCACACAGCCAUGGAAGGGCGCCCAGAAGGAAGGUGCCAAGGGGCUGGUCAAGGGCUUCGGAAAGGGGAUUGGUGGGUUCUUCUUGAAGAAUUCGUCGGCUAUGAUGGCCGUGCCGGCAUAUACGAUCCAGGGUCUGAGGGUUGGGGUGCGGAGCCUGUUUGCGAAGAGUUCAACGAAUUAUAUCAUUACUUCUCGGGUGCUGCAAGGGGAGGAGGAAUAUGCCGGGGCUACGGUGGAGGAGAGGGAGGAUGUGUUGGCUAGGUGGCAGGCGUUGAGGGAUGAGCUGAAGGGAUUUUAUCUGUUGAAGCAGAGGGAAGGUGACAAGACGGAGAAGGGGAAGGCGGCAGCCGCGGCCACAGCGGCGGGGGAAGCGGAGGGCGGUUCGGCCAUGGAGUGGUUCAAUGCCAUCCGAGACGGGACUAAGGUUGGCCGGUUGAACUUGCCCAGCGGCCCGUGGAAUCGACGGCAAGCGGGAAGCAGCGCCGUCGGCAGUACCACUACGGCAACGACGGACUCGCUAUCGUCCGCCUUUGCUCCCACCGCUGCCAGUAGUGCGUCGAGCAAUCUCUCCUUGGAGGAUAACGAGAGCCUGGAGCGAGCCAUCCAGGAAUCUGUGAUGCAAACCUCGACAGGUGACAAGGAGGAAGACGCGCGGGUGGAGGCGGCUGUCAGGGCGAGCAUGAUGGAGAUGCGCAGGGCUGUGGAGCAACAGCAGCAGCAGCAGCAGCAGCAGGAGCAGCAACUGCGUCGAUAUUCGGGGCAGAGCUGGAUCCCUGAUCAGAAACUGGGCCACACCGAUGCAGCGGCGGGAAAGACGGCAAUGACAAACGACGAGUGGACCGAAAUCACGGACGAAGAGUACCAGGCCCUGAUCGAGGAGGCGGUACGGCGGAGUCUGUUGGAGCAGCAGCAGCAGCAGCAGCAGGAAGAGGAGGAGGAGGAGGAGGAGGAGGAGGAGCAACACCAAAAACAGCAACAAUACUUGGCGGGGAGAGGCGAUGUGCAGCCGCACCCGGAAGCAGCCGAACUGCCGGGGGAUAUCCCGGCCGUUAUGGGCGCCAAUGUCAGCGCCAGCUCUACCACCACCGCCGCUGCCCCCCGCCCGAGGGAUGAGCUAGAGGAGGAAGAGCAGCUGCGUCUGGCGAUGGAGGAGUCGGAGCGCGAACACCGCAGCCGGGAGGCGGAGGCCCGGCGGCAGCGAACCGAGGAGGAGAUCGUACUGGAGUAUGUGAAGCGGCAGAGCCUGGCGGAGGAAGAGUAUCGGAGGAAGAAGAUGAUGGCAACUGCGGCGGGAAAGGGGGAGAGGAAAUCGUCGUCCAAUAGUGCGGUUGAGGAGGGCCAGGGCGUUGGUGGUGGUGGGCUGAAGGAGGAAGAUGGGGAGGACGAGGAGCUGAGGAGGGCGAUCGAGGAGAGUUUGAGGGAUCUUGGUAGCGGCGGGGGUGGGGAUUCAGGGCCGUCACGAAUAAGGUGA